CAUGACCCAAGCACACCUCUCAUGCUCGCAUAUGACGUGGUAUACAGAAAGCGUUACACGAACCGACUCACCUUUUCUGAUUAUUCGAUCUUUCGUCUUAUAUUCACAAUCUAUCCGCGGUUGUAGAACUGUCAGCAUCGUUUGCAGCUUCACACAGACCACCACUUCCAGAAGAAAUCUAAUCAACAGUCUCGUGCAGCUAUUCGGCGCCUUUGCGUUAGCAACAUCAAUACCUAGUUGAUGAAGUAUCUAGCUAGUUGUCAUAAG